AUGACUCUUACACUAGAUAAUGCAUCUGCUAAUGAUACAUGCCAAGAUCAUUUGAAAAGUAUAUUAAAUAUACAUGAUUGGUUGUUGUGUGAUGGGGAGUUCUUUCAUAUUCGUUGUUCUGCUCAUAUCUUGAAUCUUAUUGUACAAGAUGGAUUAAAAAUUGCUCAUGAUACAUUGGAUAAGAUUAGGAAAAGUGUGAAAUCUGUAAGGGGAUCGGAAAGUAGAAUGAUAAGGUUUAAAGAAUGUGUUUCUGUGAUUCAUGGUUUGAAUUUUACAAGUGGGUUGCAUUUAGAUGUUACUACUCGAUGGAAUUCUACAUACAUUAUGCUCGAAAGUGCUAUCAAGUAUCGGAAGGCCUUUGAGUAUUUGAAGGCAACCGAUCAUGCUUAUAAUUUGAGAAGUGAAGAUGAGCUUCUAAGGAGCAUGGGAGAAAAGAUGAUGAACAAAUUUAAGAAGUAUUGGAAAAAGUAUAGUGUCAUUCUUGCAUUUGGUGCUAUUCUUGAUCCUAGGCUUAAGAUUUCUACUUUAGAGCUUAUGUAUGAAGAGAUUGAUGCUGAGACUGCAAAAAGAAAGGUGGAAUAG